AUGGAAGACGAGAGGGACGCAUGGCGACAGUCCGAAGGGCUUCCACCGUUGGAUGACAAAGCAGAUGUUGGAGAAGUCGGCAUUCUUCCUGGGUGCUACGCGCUCAAGGUCGGUAUUCCAGGCUUCGGCUACACCUCAAUCUGGCUCCGUGCUGAGUACAUUCGCAUCUUCAACGUUUGCGAAGAGUAUUUCGCCAAAAUCACUGGCCGACAGGCAAAAAAGGAUUCCAGUCGGAGGCCACCAAGCUUCGUGAUAUCGGGGCAGCCUGGAAUCGGGAAAACCCUAUGGCUCUAUUACGCCGCUCGCCGCUUCGCCGCAGAAAGGCGGGCUUUCAUCUGGGUACAUGGUAACGGCUGUUACCUCUACACAGAAGAGGGGGUAUUCGAAGUUCCCGACAACUGGCAAGACAGCGAUUUCAUCCCUGGCAUUCCCAUCUGGACAUUGAUCGAUUCGACAAGCGGCAAGGACACCCUGCGUGCCUUCACGGCGUCCCAGAUCUACUUUGUCGUCUGCCUGGCUUCGACGACUCGGGAUCGACGGAUGAAGCACACCAUUCCUUUCCGUCUUACCAUGAACCCAUGGGAAGACGCCGUGCUCGAGAAAUACGACCGCCUUGGUCCCAUCCCUCGGAUCUGCAUCGACUUCAUCCCUUACCAGCUAGAAGACUACGAGCGCACCCUGAACAAAAUUUUGAAGUACCAUAUCACGCCCAGCACCCUCGAAUCGAUCUUGACCGAACCAGAGCCCACGGCGGACGGCAUCGGACAAUAUCUCUUUCUCCUCGCUCGCGCAGAGGUGGACAAUAUGUUGCGCUGCGUUGUGACCCCAAUAUCGCCCUACAUUGAAGCAGCGCUCAUCAGUGCUCUUCGUGAGGCGGACUUGAAAGAACUUAUCCGUGUUUAUCACCGCUUCAAAGCGUGGCCCGACCUCUAUUGUGGAGUCGUUCCGCUUUUCUUCGCUGCGCUUGUCCAAGGUGCACUAGCGAGUAAUUUCUUCACCCAUGGCUUCGACCCGAUGGAGUUUGGACCAAUUGCACCGACGAAAAAUGGGCCCUCCAGCACCAGGUGGUUCUACCGUCAACAAAUUUGUGGACAGUCGGGUGACUCGGAGGACGACGAGUCCGUAUUGCUGGCAAAUAUGGGAAAUACACGCUUCAUCAAAUAUCCAGACGUUGGUUUGGAUGAAGUUCAGCCGGACCGAUUCUACAGCCUCGAACCGUCCACAAAACAUGGGGUGCAGUUCUUCAUAGUCUCGGAAGGCAACCUCUAUCUGUACCAGUUCCCCUCCGGCACCGACGCAAACAGACAUCCCAUUAGCCUUGCACUCCCUUUCACGUCGACGCCCGAGGGUCUUCCGCCACGAGGUAACUGGCGCAUGGUGUUUGCAGUGCCAGAGUCCGAGAUUCCUUUUGAGUUCACAAUUCUUCAUCCACCUCAACUCGACAAUAUUGGUAUUUAUGCCGACAUAUUCGACACCAAUUACUGA